CUCCUCCUCCUACUCAAACUCCAAUCCAAAUCAAGAUGGGCCUACUCUGUUUUCGCUUCUUCUUCUUCUUCACAUGAAUCAUCUCUUUCAAACAACAAACAAACUCAAUUUUAUUUUAUUUUUUGUUUCUUUCUACACGUAUUAUCAUCAUCAUCAUCAUCAAUAUCAGACAUGGAUUAUUUAAAAGAGAUGGAAGGAAAAUCAGUUCAUGAUCCUCUUAUCCACGUCUACGUCUCAGGACCGGUGAUCAUCGGAGCCGGACCGUCCGGUUUAGCGACGGCAGCUUGUUUGAAACAGAGAGGCGUACCCAGCAUCGUUCUUGAGAGAUCUGAAUGCAUAGCCUCGUUGUGGCAACUGAAAGCAUACGAUAGGCUUCGUCUUCAUUUACCAAAACACUUCUGUCAACUACCCAUGAUGCCUUUUCCCGAUGAUUUCCCUAUGUAUCCUUCUAAGGGACAAUUUGUUGAGUAUUUAGAAGGUUAUGCUAAGAGGUUUGGGAUCCGACCGGAGUUUGGUCAGUCGGUGGUGUCAGCUGAGUUUGAUAAGAGCGUUGGGUUUUGGCGAGUUAGGACCAGGGGAGGAGAGAAUAGAGAAUAUGUAUGUCGGUGGUUGGUGGCGGCGACGGGAGAGAAUGCGGAGGCGGUGCUGCCGGAGAUCGAUGGAAUGGAGGAAUUUGGAGGACCCAUUAUGCAUACAAGCACUUAUAAGAGAGGAGAUUUAUUUGCAGAGAAAAAAGUAUUAGUCGUUGGAUGUGGGAAUUCGGGAAUGGAAGUUUGUAUGGAUCUCUGUAAUCAUAACGCAAAACCUACUCUUGUGGUUAGAGACAAGGUACAUGUUUUACCACGAGAGAUGUUGGGAACUUCGACUUUCGGUUUGUCGAUGUGGCUGCUAAAGUGGUUGCCGGUGCGCCUUGUGGACCGGCUACUCUUGGUGGUGUCGAGGUUCAUGUUGGGAGACACCGCGACCCUUGGACUAAACCGCCCUCGAGUAGGCCCCAUCGAGCUAAAGAAUUUGUCCGGAAAGACCCCAGUGUUGGAUGUUGGAACACUUGCAAAAAUCAAAAGUGGUGACAUUAAGGUAUAUCCAUCCAUACGCAGUUUGAGUACCCUUUCAGCCGAAUUCAUUGACGGGCGAAAGGAGAAUUUCGAUGCCAUUAUAUUGGCAACAGGAUACAAAAGCAAUGUACCAUCUUGGCUAAAUGAGGAAGAGAUGUUCUCAGAGAAAGAUGGGUUGCCAAGAAAACCUUUUCCAAAUGGAUGGAAAGGUGAGAAUGGAUUAUACGCAGUCGGUUUUACCAAGCGUGGAUUGCUCGGAGCUUCAAUGGAUGCCAACAAGAUCGCAGAAGAUAUUGAAAGGUGCUGGAGAACCAAAUUCAAUCAGGUCCUCUCUGCAGCCUUCAUUAUGAACCCUUUAGGUUGAAGAAGAAAAUUUUGGCACGUCAAACCAAUUACCCAUCUCUGUUCUUCCAAUCUGAGGAAGAGAAUGAAGAGAAAAAGUGGAAAAUGGAUUGAAUUCUUAUAAUGAAGACCAAGCAAGAAUGGUUGUGGGGGACCUCAACUACUAUAUGUAAAUUGUCCAUUUUUUCUUCUUGGAUAUGGAAGAUUAAGAUGAUGAUUAACAACAACACAAAAAAAAAAGGUGAUUAUUUGGCUUGAGAGUGAGAUCACUAGUAAAGUUUUUUUUUUUUUUUUUUUUUGAGUUGGGGGUGGGGAGAUAUGGUGUUUAUUAGAGAGGAGAUGAUGAAAUUUUGUAUGGCUGCAAAUGAAUAUGAAGAGAGAUUAAUUUUUAGGGUUUGGGUUUGUUUGUAUGGAGGUGAGUUGAAGGAUAGUGAUGAUGACUUGUAAUUAAAUUUUGACAAUGAAAUGAAUAUUAAUUAUGUAUAUUAUAUAUAUGAU